UUCCAGUAGCUCUCCCUGUCUCUUCUUGUUUCAGAUCUCACAAAUGAUAUUUGUCCCAUUUUCCCAUAACCAAGAACUUGAAUUACUAAUCUAAUGCCAAUUUUAACUACUGCUUACAAGCCAUGUCCACUCAAGAACUCCAACCUAGUCUACCGAGUGCUACCUUUGAGUUCACAGUGUGGGAACACAGUCCCUGUGCCCAAGAACCAGAUGGUCAAAGAACUGGAGUCCCGUGUCCAGCAGCUGACUGGAGAAGCAGAGAACAGUAACUUACAGAAGCAGAAAUUAAUUCAAGAAAAAUUGGAACUUGAGAGAUGUUACCAGAUAACAUGUAGUGAGUUGCAAGAAGUAAAGGCAAGGCGCAAUACAUUGCAUAAAGAGAAAGAUCAUCUUAUGAACGAUUAUGAGCAAAGCGUGAAGCUAUUACAAAACAAGUAUGAUGCUGAUAUAAACUUUCUGAAAAAGGAACACGCACUUUCAGCUUCUAAGGCCUCUGGUACAAUUAAAGAAUUAGAACAGAACAUCUGCCAAUUAAAACUGCAGUUACAGGAAUCAGAACUUCAAAGAAAGCAACAACUACAGGAUCAAGAAAAUGAGUUUCAAAUGGAGAAAAGUAAUUUAAAGCGCACCUAUGAAAAAAAGGUUCACGACUUGCAGAGUGAACUUGAUAAAGAAAAAGAAGAUACUCAAAAGAAAAUCCAUAAAUUUGAGGAAGCUUUGAAGGAGAAAGAGGAGCAGCUGGCUCGUGUGACUGAGGUUCAGAGGUUGCAGGCCCAGCAGGCGGACGCUGCCCUGGAGGAGUUUAAGCGGCAGGUGGAACUGAACUCGGAGAAAGUCUAUGCUGAAAUGAAAGACCAGAUGGAAAAAGUGGAAGCAGAUCUAACUAGAUCCAAGUCUCUUCGUGAGAAACAAUCAAAGGAGUUUUUAUGGCAGAUGGAGGAUGUCAAGCAAAGAUAUGAGCAGCAGAUAGUAGAGCUGAAGCUGGAGCAUGAACAGGAGAAGACGCACCUAUUACAGCAGCAUAACGCAGAGAAGGAUAGCCUAGUCCGAGACCAUGAACGGGACAUUGAAAACCUGGAAAAACAGCUUCGCGCUGCCAAUAUGGAGCACGAAAAUCAAAUUCAAGAGUUCAAGAAACGAGAUUCACAGGUUAUUGCUGACAUGGAGGCCCAAGUUCACAAGCUGAGAGAAGAGCUGAUUAGUGUGAACACUCAGCGGAAGCAGCAGCUGGUAGAGCUCGGUCUUCUCCGUGAAGAGGAGAAGCAAAGGGCUGCCAGGGACCAUGAGGCUACUGUCAGCAAACUGAAGGCUGAAUCAGAGAAGAUGAAAAUAGAGCUGAGAAAGACUCAUGCAGCUGAGACAGAGAUGACGCUGGAAAAGGCCAACAGCAGGCUGAAGCAGAUUGAGAAGGAGUACACCCAGAAGCUUGCCAAAUCUUCACAGACCAUCUCCGAGCUCCAGACAGCCAUUUCCUCCCUGAAAGAAGAGAGCAGCCGGCAGCAACUCGCUGCGGAAAGGCGGCUGCAGGAUGUUACCCAGAAGUUUGAAGAUGAGAAGAAGAAGCUGAUUAGAGAUAAUGACCGAGCAAUCAAGGCCUUGCGAGAUGAACUGGAAAACCGCUCGAACCAAGUGCGAUGCGCAGAGAAGAAGUUGCAGCACAGGGAGCUGGAGGCCCAGGAGCAGAUAACUUACAUACGACAAGAAUACGAAACAAAAUUCAAAGGGUUGAUGCCAGCUUCUCUAAGACAAGAACUUGAAGACACCAUUUCCUCCCUGAAGUCACAGGUUAACUUUCUGCAAAAGAGAGCGUCCAUCCUUCAGGAAGAGCUGACCACCUACCAAGGCAGAAGGUAACUGUGAGGAUUCACCCGAGUAACAGAGCAUAGAUGGCUUCAGUGUCCGGGCCGUUCUGUGGACUGCUAGCAGGUUUGAAGAUUUGGAUAGUGUAACGUAAACUGUGAGAUCAGUGGCAUUUUUUAAUACUUAAGUGUAAUUAAGAUCAUAAAAACAUGCAUCACUCAUAUACUACUAGGGUGGUUUAA